AGUCAGCUGACAGUGAGACAUCAUAAAGGCAUCAACAACCCCCCCCCAUCCACCCGCCUGCAUUGCAGUACUUCAGUCUAAUUCAACCAGCACCGAGAAACAGACAGACAGACAGACAGCCGGGAAACAGCGGAGUCAUGCUGCUUCUAACUCUACUUUUCGUGUCCUCAGCUGUAGCAACCCCUCUGCUCGGCACUGAGCAGUGUGCUCGUGGCCCACCCUACUGGUGUCAGAAUGUAAAGACCGCGUCUCUGUGUGGAGCUGUGACUCACUGCCAGCAGAACGUGUGGAACAAGCCCCAGAUGAAAACUGUGCCAUGUGACUUGUGUAAAGAGGUGUUGAUGGUGGUAGAGCAAAUCCUGAAGGACAAUGCCACUGAGGCUGAGGUUCUUGGGUACCUGGAGAAGGCCUGCCAGCUCAUCCCGGAUCAAGGUUUGACCGCAGAGUGCAAGGAGAUGGUAGAUAGCUACUACCCCAUCCUCAUUGGAAUCAUUACUGGAGAACUGGAGGAUCCCGCUGUGGUGUGCGGAGCCAUGGGGCUGUGUCAGUCUCAGCAGGCAGCCCUGGCUAAGGCUCAGACCCAGGACCAGCUCAUGUCCAAUGAAAUCCCUCAGAUGGACCUUUCCCAGCGAGUGGCUCCCUUCCUCCUCAAUGUGCCCGAGCUCCUCUAUCCUCAGGAGAACGCCAAGCAGGAGGCCCCCAAACAAGAGACUCCAAAACCGGAAGGUGAUGCUGUGUGCCAGGACUGCAUCAAGUUCCUGACUGACGCUCAAGCAGAAGCCAAGGAGAACACCUCAUUUGUCGACUCUCUCAUUGCAAACAUUGAGAACCAGUGUGACCUGUUGGGGCCAAGCUUGUCUGCAAUGUGCAAGGAGUAUGUGGGCCAGUAUGGCGUGCUUGUGGUUGAGCAGCUCAUGUCCAUGCAACCCAAGGAUAUCUGUGUCCAUGCUGGCUUCUGUGCCGCUAUGAAGAAAUCCGUUCCAAUGCUGAAGCUGCAGCCUGCCAAGACCGUUCCUGCUGCCAAGUCUGUACCUGCUCUCAAGCUUUUCCCUGCCACUAAGGUGGAGUCUGCCACUGAGAAGUCUAAGCCAAUGGUGCGUGUGCGUGAUUCCCCAACCUGUGCCAUCUGUGAGUUUGUGAUGAAACAGUUGGAGUCUAUGUUGGAGGAUCAGACUACAGAGGAGGAGGUGAUUCAAGCUGUGGAGAAAGUGUGCACAUUUCUGCCCCAGUCUCUGAGUGGCCAGUGCAAGGACCUGAUUGAGACUUACGGCCAGGCAAUCAUUGAGCUGCUGGUGCAGCAGGCUGACCCCAAGACCGUUUGCACCGUGUUGGCACUCUGCAAUGGUGCCAGCCGCACAUAUGUCCCUGUCCUCGACCAGACUCGCUUUAAGGACGGUGCCUACUGCAAGGUGUGCAAGAUGGCCGUGACUUACAUUGAUGAGAUUCUGGAGAAGAAUGCUACAGAGGCACAGAUUGAGGAGGCUGUGAGGAAAGUGUGCAGCUUCCUGCCAGAUUCUUUCCAGACGGAGUGUGACCAGAUGAUUGAACAGUAUGAGCCAGUGCUUGUCCAGCUGCUGCUCCAGAUGCUGGACCCAGACUUUGUCUGCAUGAAAGUGGGAGCCUGCCCUGAAGCUAACCGCAGGCUGCUGGGAACAGAGCAGUGCAGCUGGGGACCUGCAUUCUGGUGCAAGAACAUGGAGACAGCAACUCGGUGCAAUGCUGUGGCUCACUGCCAACGCCACGUGUGGGUAUAGAGGAAGAGGAACAAACCAGCACAAACUGACCUGUAGGGAAUUAAAAAGAAAAUACUGUAGUGCUGCUUCCCACUUUUAAUUUUUGUCCUGCUUUCUUUUUUAAUGGACUUACAUGACUGCAAUUUAUGUUUGAAUUAAUGUUUUGAAUGAUGUCAUGGUGGAAAGGGACUGGACAUGUUUUUUUCUGAGUGGGGGUUGGGGAGGAGUGAUUACAGGUAUAGCUCAGCCUGUUACUGCUUCACUGAGCAGAAGUCACAAAGCUUCACUGUCUGGAUUCACAGGUUUGCAUUUGGCUUUUACUAGCUAACAGUGCUUGCUUGCUGGGUGUGAUGUGUGUUAAAACGCACAUUGAAGUUUCACAUGUUGUAUAAUGUUGACAUGGCAUCAGAUUUCUAUUCCUCUAUUAUCCCCCCCCAAGCUAUAUAUGGUUCCUGAUUGCAGGAGAGACAGCUCAGUGUGUUAAGAAUGACUGGCAUUACUUUUAGCAGUAUGUCUGAUCCUUAAAACAAAAUUUAUAUUUUGUAGAUGUUUGUGUUGUUGUUGUUGUUGUUGUUGUUUUAAGGAGCUGAUAUGGAGGUAAGUAUUCUAAGUGUACCUCCCAUUGUUUGCACUCUUCCUACUGUUUGUAAAUCACUGCGUUUCUAACGUACAGAAAACAUCUCAAAUUCGAUUGUCGUCUGCUUCAAAGCCUGAACCAACUGUCGGUUCUUCUGUAAAUUUUUAACAAUUAAAAGCGAUCCCAAUCCA